CCCGCAGCGCUGCUCCUCGCCCCAUUCCGGCCACGCGGGGAGGGGUCGGGUCACGUUCCGUUCCCCAGUUCCGCGACUCGGAGGCAGGUUUCGCUGGCGCCGCUGGGAGGAGCCGGGGCUGCCGGAGGAGGCGGCCGCGCGGCCUCCUUCCGCCCCCGAGCUACCGGCCCCCUACCCCUCUCCGCAGGGUCCUCGCCCCGGCUGCGCGCCUGCAGGCUGCGCCCCAACAGUUAACAUGCUCCAGGGUGCACAGUGGAAUGAAAGAGCUGGGAUCUGAGUGGCCUGUACUACACACCCAGGCAGAAUCAAGAUCACAGAGGCCUUGUGAGCCGUGCCAAAGGGGUCAGGCCUUACUCAAGGUGGUUGGAGGUAAAGUGAAGAAGCCCGGCAAACGUGGCCGAAAGCCCGCCAAAAUUGACUUGAAGGCAAAACUCGAGAGGAGCCGGCAGAGUGCAAGAGAAUGCCGGGCCAGGAAGAAACUGAGGUAUCAGUACUUGGAAGAAUUGGUGUCCAGUCGGGAAAGAGCCAUAUGUGCCCUCAGAGAGGAACUGGAAAUGUACAAGCAGUGGUGUAUGGCAAUGGACCAAGGAAAAAUCCCUUCUGAAAUAAAGGCCCUACUCACUGGAGAAGAGCAGAGCAAAUCUCAGCAGAACUUAAACAGGCACACGAAAGCUGGGAGAACAGACGCUAACAGCAAUUCCUGGUGAAGAUCAUAUAAAAUGAUAAGUCAGCAAUUGAAGUCAAUAUCCUGAUUCCUAUGAAGGAUGAAUGGACAAGAUUAUACUACUUGGUUCCAUUUACUACCUACUGCUCCAUAGUCAUCUCUGUAAAUCUGCAAUUUCUACCAAAUGUAUGAUCAUAGAUCUCAAAGGAUUUUGCUUUAACUUUUAACACUUAGAAAAUUUACAAACAUUCAAGACCUGUCCUGGUUGGUAUCGCCACCCAUGGCAUUUAAUAUGUUGCAAUGCUUGAAAACACAGGCUUAGAGAAAAAUGGGUAAAGAUUGUAUUUUUGCACCUUAACUCCACCUUGCUUUAUUGGUUAAUUUAUAUUCUUUCCAUGUAAUUGUAUGUGUAUGUGUGUUUAGGUGUCAUGUCCUGUCAUGUGUUUGAUUGCCCUACAAAGAGAAACCAAAUGGGCUGAUUACUGACUAAGUUCUUGGCCUUUAUGGACCUAAUCUUCUUUCUUUAUAUUUACUUGAGUAAUGUCUGUUUUCUACAUGAACCAUGAUUUCUCCUGUGAGCCAUUCCAGCAUAAGCUGUGAAUAUAUAUUAACAAAUAGAUACAUUUCUAUUUUUAUAAUCCAUAAUGACAUGCCUGUUUAAAUAAUGUACAUGUUAACAGUAUCUAUCAUGAAAGCCCUCAAGACAGCCUCUAUUUGGAAUUUUUAUUGCUGUCCUCUCAAACUGUACUUUAUAAAAAUUGGCUACAGCCCAGUUCAUGUUUGGAGAAUUAUCAGUCAAAUUUUAUUUUUAAGCAAGAAAUAAUCAUUUAGGCAUUUCAGCAGUGUACAUCAUCUUGACAACCUAAAGUGUGUAUGUCUGUGUGUUUCUAUCCUAUGUCUAUAUGUGUAUGUGGGGAGGACAGGAUUGAGUUUUCACACACAUUUCCUUGGGCAGUCAACUAGGAAAAUUUUUCUGAAGAAAAUAGAGUAACUUUAGCUGCUGAGAUUGAGUUUCUGCCUCAGGAGACCUGGAUUAAAAUGAACAAAUUGCUGGUAGAUCUAAUGGCUAUAGCUGUAACCAGAACACUUAGUUUCUUCCCUAACCCACGUUUCCUUAUGAAUGUGUUCUGAGCCAGAAAGAAACACACUGUAGGUGUGUGUCUGGUUCAUCCCCGGCGAUGCCUCCACUCUGGAGUGAAACACUGGAGCUACAGUUAUGCACAGCACCACAGCGGGGAGGUGCAGAGGGCAGAGUAGUCUUUUCCAGUUCUCGCUGCAGCUGCAUUUACUGUCUUCCUGGCCUCCCGAUGGCAUGAUGGUUGAGGAAUCCAGCUCAUAGUAUGAAACACUAAAAUAGACCCCAGGAGCCUUUUGAUUUCCCCUUUGAGACCCCCCUCUUUUCUUUCCCAUAGUUAAAUCAGGAGAUAUGUUCCCUAUUGCUGCUAAAUUAUAGUGGUCCUUGGCUCUCAUGAAGCAAAUAUUCGACUUCCAAACAAAGUAUGUUCUGCUAUGAAAUGGUAGCGUUUGAGGAGGCAUCAUAGGAUACAUUGUCCGUGAGGUGCAACAUGAGAUGGGCCUCGUAGUUUCAGAUUACAAGGUACUUCCCCAAGCCUUUCUCUUAGGCUGUGCAUUUGAAUGAAGUGCCUCCCGUGCUUAGGUUGCAAACGCGGAUCUCUAGUCCAGUCCUGCAUGACUACUGAUGUACCACUAGCCCAGACUGUUGGGUCUCUCUGUGUUUUGGUGGAUGGGGGAAUAAGAGUAUUUAAUGUCUUUUUAGGAUAACAAAUACAGAUAAAGGAUUGUUAAUAUUUAGGCCUUUAGAAUUUCAGCUUUUUAAAUGUAGCAUUCAGAUUGUAAUGGGUCUGUUUUGCCUUCUGGUCUACUCAAAUGUAUAUUUUUUAUUUUGCAAAACAGCCCAAGAUGUAUUGUAUGUUACUAUGUUCAGUACCUUUUGAAUUCCCCAGAAGAGUUGUUGUCAAAGCAAACAUUCCAAAAUGAAUGUGGCUCUUCAAUGUAAUGUCUCCAUUGUGCUUGAAGUAUUUCUUCUCUUUUUAUAAUUUUAAAUUACAGGGUUAUUUAUCUGAGCUAUAUCCUCCACCUCCAGCAUCUUUACAAGAGCAGUGACUUUGUUCUCUGCUCAAAACCUAUCUAUUUGGUUUUUGCAGUAGAUCGAAACCAAGAGAAAGCGCCUCGGUUUUAAAAAGGAAUGUGAUUGCUUUGAGUGUUGUGCUCACUGCACGCUUUGGCCACUUGAAGCAUGUCCAUAAAUGUCACUGAUGAAAACAGCCAGUUUCUUUCCCCAUUUCAGUUCAGGAGCAGCGUACUGAAAUCCCAGCAUCUCUCACUUACCUGUCCUGGCAGGCCGAGGGUGAGAGUCAGUGAGCUCAGUCUCCCUGGGUCAGUGCUGCUCUCCUUGCUCUCUGAGUGACAGUAAUGUUUUCUUCUUAACCUAAAGAGAGGAAGGCAAGGGGAAACUCUGUGUAUUUAGCCCAGUCAUAAUCCGUCAUUAAUGUAGCACAGACCUGCCAUAUAUUAGAGCAACUGAACAUGAUACGGAAUAAGUUUGACCAGGUCAAGUUUUAGGAUAUGGUUGAAGUUCUUAAAUUUUUUUCUAUUUUAUCUAAAAUCUUUCUGUUGUAUUCCAGUCUGAAUCUAUCUUAUUGCAGCAAAUUCAUAUCACCGUUUACCAGCUAAUUGGCAGUAUUUAUCAGCUUUACCAUGUAGCAUUUUCUUUUAUUAUUUUUGAAUUAUAAUAGAUUUAAUUUGGCUUAUUACAAAAGUAUAGGCCUAAUUGGACUUGCCUUUAGUUAAAAUAAAGGGAAAUAUAAACGCUACCUUUCCCAAGAAAUCAGUUGCUUAUUAUCAAUUAAUAUAUUUAGUUUUAAGGGAGUGGAAAAUUACUGUUAAACCACAUGGUAUUUGGGGGCAUUGAAAGGUUUUUUCUUUCUCUGAAGAGCAUUGUACAAUUAUAUUUUUAUGAAAAAUAAAAUAUCUUCACCAGA